CGGGCCGAGAACAAAACAGGUUGGGCUCCCUAGUCAGUUUAGGUAGAGUCAUCAUUGCGGUAGGACUUGGUGAUAUGCCUUUAGCUCGCAAGUGAAUUUUGAUCCCAGACCUGGAAUUAUUUUGUGAGAAAGUUAAAGCUCAGAGGAAGAUAUAAGGCAGUGAAAAGCGCAAAAAGCGGAGAGAGGAAAUAUUUUACAAAGUGAUUUGAAUUAAGGAUGUUUUUUAAAGCUAUUGUGGCCCGAGUUGGAAUUAAUUAGCGUGUGUUGAUAAAGGCAUUGUGUGGUGUGUUUGGUGUUGUCUGUUACGAUUCAAACGCAGUUACCGGAUAUCCCAAUCAAUUGAUAACUUUGCGGACAGAAUAGGUUUUCUGCAGAAAUAUAUCCACUGCGAACUUCCCUAUAGAAAUUAGUUGUUCAUAGACUGUGCGGAAGCUCAACGGAGAAUGUAGUUGUCUACCAUUGUGUCUCGAAGGACAUUCGAAACGAAGUUUCGCUGAAUUUUCAUAUCCAUUUACACGCGGUGCUAACAUUGUCCCAUAAUUCAAUUUGUUUAUUCGGUUAUUGAUUGGGAAACACAUAAAAAUGCCAUCUUUUCGCGGAGUGUUCACGUUACAUCCACAGUUCGUUAUAGCCAUUAUCCUGGCGGUUCGGUUCGUGAGCGUUUCAGCAAUUAUCGAUAGACUUGUCGUUCAAACGAAUAGUGGGCCGAUUCGCGGUCGGUCGGUUAUGGUCCACGGUCGGGAAGUGCACGUUUUCAACGGAGUUCCAUUCGCCAAACCCCCUGUCGAUAGUCUACGAUUUAGAAAGCCUGUCCCAGCCGAACCAUGGCACGGUGUCCUUGAUGCUACACGAUUGCCCAACACGUGCGUUCAAGAGAGAUACGAAUAUUUUCCUGGAUUUCCUGGUGAAGAAAUGUGGAAUCCGAAUACCAACGUAUCCGAGGAUUGUCUAUAUUUGAAUAUCUGGGCUCCUGCUAAAGCACGCCUGAGGCACGGACGGGGAGUGAAUGGAGGCGGAGGCGGUGGAGAGCACUACGGCAAGGAGCAUUCAUCCGAGAACGACCACAGUUCAGGUCACGGUUCACAGAACAGCACAGGACUUCCGAUGCUCGUUUGGAUCUAUGGUGGAGGAUUCAUGAGUGGCACAGCAACGCUUGACCUUUAUAAUGCCGAAAUCCUAGCCGCAGUCGGGAACGUUAUAGUGGCAUCCAUGCAGUAUCGUGUUGGAGCUUUUGGAUUUCUCUACUUAGCUCCUGAAUUAGAUGGAUAUGAAGAGGAAGCUCCUGGAAAUGUUGGAAUGUGGGAUCAGGCUCUGGCUAUUCGUUGGUUAAAGGAUAAUGCCCGAGCGUUUGGGGGAGAUCCGAAUCUUAUAACACUUUUUGGAGAAUCGGCCGGUGCUAGUUCGGUGAAUUUGCACCUUUUGUCGCCUGUUACGCGUGGCUUAGUGAAACGAGGUGUGCUGCAGUCGGGCACGUUGAAUGCUCCCUGGAGCCACAUGACCGGCGAACGAGCACUGGAAAUUGGGAAAGCUUUAAUCAACGAUUGCAAUUGCAACGCAUCGAUGUUGUUGGAUUCACCUGGCACAGUUAUGGCGUGUAUGCGUGCGGUAGAUGCAAAAACUAUUUCAGUUCAACAAUGGAAUUCGUAUUCAGGCAUUCUUGGGUUCCCUUCGGCUCCAACAAUAGACGGAGCAUUCAUGCCCUCAGACCCGGCGACUAUGUUGCGUGACGCUGAUUUAAAGGGUAUCGAUAUCCUUGUAGGAAGCAAUAAAGACGAAGGGACAUAUUUUCUUCUCUACGAUUUCAUCGAUUAUUUCGACAAGGAUGUUGCCACGUCCCUGCAGCGAGAGAAAUUUCUGGAAAUUAUGAAUACAAUUUUUAAUAAAGCAUCGGAACCGGAACGUGAAGCGAUUAUAUUCCAGUAUACGGGCUGGGAAAGUGGGAACGAUGGAUUCCAAAAUCAAUACCAGGUCGGGCAAGCGGUUGGUGAUCAUUUCUUCAUAUGCCCAACAAACGAAUAUUCACAAGGAUUAGCAGAGCAGGGAGCAAAUAUCUACUAUUACUACUUUACACAUCGCACAAGUACGUCUCUGUGGGGUGAAUGGAUGGGAGUUCUACAUGGGGAUGAAAUCGAAUACAUUUUCGGUCAGCCACUGAAUCAGUCACUCCAAUACAGACAGCGGGAACGAGAUUUAAGCCAAAGAAUGGUACAUGCUGUUAGCGAAUUUGCUCGAACAGGGAAACCAAUGAUAGAUGGCGAACUGUGGCCGGUAUAUAAUAAAGAAAAUCCAAUUUACUACAUUUUUAAUGCGGAAGGCGAGGAAAAUAAGAAAGUUGAAAAGUUUGGACGAGGACCAAUGGCGACUGCAUGCGCAUUUUGGAAUGAUUAUCUUCCGAGACUGAGAAGUUGGGCUGUUCCCUAUAACUCUCCAUGUAAUGACUUGGAACAAAGUAGUAGAACAUCAGGAGCAUCUGUGACGGCUUCCAUCCACAUAACAAUCACAAUAUUAACAAUGACUGUGCUCGCCCGUAUAAGCCUUUAAAUUGAACG